AACUCGUGCAGGACUCUCAGAGCGCUCGUGCACGUCAGCGCGUGAGGAAACUUUCCCUCGAGUGUGUUCGUGUUUGUGUUUGUGUGUGUGUGUGUGUGUGUGUGUGUGUGUGUGUGUGUGUUCGCGGAGGAUCCUCCAGAUGCUUGGUUUCUCUCAGAAGAAGCUUCUCAUCAUGGAUCUGAUCGACAGGUAACUGCUCCCACGAUCUGUGUGAGCGAUCACGUUACUUGUUUUAAUGGCCGCCGUUAUCGUCAGUCUUCUGCUGUUCUUCGCUCAGUCCUCUUCGCUCGCCGUCGACUCGCCCGCGUCGCGCAAUAAUGACCCGCUCUCCAACACCACACGCCGUCUUCCCGACAUCAUCAUCAUCGGCGUGAGGAAGGGCGGCACUCGCGCUUUAAUCGAGAUGCUAAGUCUCCACAGGGACGUCGUCGCGGCUCAGAGCGAAGUUCACUUUUUCGAUUGGGACAGUCAUUACCGACGCGGCGCGGAGUGGUACGUCUCCCAGAUGCCGUUCGCCCGGCCGGGUCAGCUGACGGUGGAGAAAACCCCUGCGUACUUCACGUCCGCUCUCGUUCCUGAACGAAUCCGACGGAUGAAUCCCGACACGCGACUGCUGCUGAUCGUCCGCGAGCCAACCGAGCGACUGCUGUCCGAUUACACGCAAGUCUUCCACAACCGUCUGGAGAGACGCAAGCGGCAGCAGACGCUCGAGACGCUGCUGAUGCGCGACGGAGAGCUCAACCUGGACUACAAAGCCUUGAAUCGCAGUCUGUAUCACGUCCACAUGCGACGCUGGCUCGACGUGUUUCCCAGGAGUCGCGUUCAUCUCGUGGACGGAGAUGCGCUGAUUCAAAACCCUCUUGCGGAGAUGAAGAAGGUGGAGGAGUUCCUUCAUCUGGAGCCGCAGAUAAACGCCUCCAACUUCUACUUCAACCAGACCAAGGGUUUCUUCUGUUUGCGCGAUCGUCGGCGCGAGCGAUGCCUGCAUGGCUCCAAAGGUCGCAAACAUCCACGCGUCGCGCCUGAAAUCCUGCGCAAGCUCUACGACUUCUUUCACGAACCCAAUCAGAAGUUCUUUGAGAUGGUCGGAAGAACGUUCGACUGGAAGUGAGAAGCAGCGAACGCCAAAGAAGAGUCGAAUAAGCUGCGAAUCAACGGUGCAAAUACACAACGAAUCGCUGAAGUAACUGGAACAUUUCAACAUCAAACAACCCGUAAUGUGACGAACUCUACGUUUUUCAUGAUUUCAUGAUUAUGAAGUCUAGUUUUUGACGAACCGUUCACAGUAAGAUCAGGAUGAGUGGAGUUCGCUUUCAGAGAUGCUAACAAAACUUAUAUUUAGAUAUAUGGACACAUGCAUGUGAUAUACAUCUGUUAUAUGUUAAUGCAUUCCCGUUAUGAUCAAAAUACUGUUUUCCUGCUGCUAAGUUUAUGAAAGUGUGUCUUUAUAUCAGUCUGUGUUACAGCAAAGUUCCUCAUUAAUUUCAUGACAUAGUCUGUGUAUUGUUUAUAAUUUUUUUAUAUGAAGGAAUCAUUCAGUAAUAAAGAUAUUUUGCUAUGA